GGCCUAACUUGGUUUCUUGAGAAGAACGGACCGGGCCAAACUCUGAAGCCAUUUUGUCUGCUCCUCCCCUUUCCUCUCCUGACUUUGCCGAGUUCUGUAAGGGUGGAGAAAGAAUGCUCGAGGGAACUAGAAGAAAGGGGGGGUGGCAGUUUUAAGAAAAUGUCAGCCUCUGAUUGGGCAGUAGGAGAGACAGGGCGUGGCUAGUUGUAUCUUCCCCUCCCCGCCGUUUUGACAGUCUGUUCUGAGCAGUGAAGGAGGCCGGAAGUGCCUGCGUUGAUUUUCUUCCUCUCCCCCCCACAGUUCUUUACUGAAAUAAGGAGAUGGCCGUGAUGGAACUUGCUUGCCAAGACACUACUGUCCCUACCCUGGGACACUCAAAGGAGCUUCCUACAGACAAAGGGACACAGGAGGUAGUCUCUGAGAAAAAAAGCAGUGUUUGCAAAGUAGAGGAUCCAGACAAAAAUGUGUUCCAGGGACCGUGGAAGAUUCUGAGUGAUGUGAUUGCUAAAGGAACUGCCAAGGAAGACAGAGGAGAAGGGAGCUUAGCCUCAAUCUCCAUCAUUGCCCAGGCAGAAUGUGAGAUUAGCCAGGAGUUCAGCCCCACCUAUUCUGAGAGGUCUUUUCUUGCUGACACCAAGCGAUACAGCCGGUCUUGUAGCCUUGAUCAAAUCCCCAACAAUGUGGCUCAUGCAACCGAGGGGAAAAUGGCCCCAGCCUGCAGGAAAGCCAUGCACCGUGGCAAAUCCCGGAAAAAACGGCGAAAGAAAAGAUCCCACCUUGUGACACCAAAGGAAUUGGUCUCCUCACCCCAGAAGCCAAGAACACCAGAGCAGGAGAGUUGUAUGCCAGUCCCGGUGCAGGAGGAUGACUCCUACUUGGGCCCCCUCUUCAGUAGUGCUUCAUGGCAUUCUGAGUCAUGCAAGGAUUUGGGCUGUGAUCUCAAUUCCUUAGAGAAACCCAGGCAAGUCCUACCUGCCAGCAAGUUGCAUUUGUUGAAGAGUCAAGGCAAGCUAGAAUUACACAAGCUGAUCAGCCCUGCUCAGUGCCUGAGCCAUGUCUGGAAGUCUCACACGCAAGGCAACUUUGUCCGUCAGUCAGAGACCCCACACCCCUUCCCUUUUGGCAAGUUUCCUUCUUAUUUCUGCGACUACGAUGACCUGCUUCCUGCCUUGAAACACAGCCCACAGAGGACAUAUCUCUUUGAUGACCUUUCAUGUGUGGAUAGCAAGUGCCACCUUUCAGGCUUGACCCUGGAGCACAGUUUCUCUAAAUGUCAUCAUCAACCUGCAGAAACCAUCUCAGACAAGCUUUCUAUGGAGGAAUUUCUGGUGGAUGCCUUGAAGGGAAGUGUAAUCCUCGGAGAACCAAGAAACCUAGUUUGUUUGGCCAAGACUUGGAAAGGAGGUGGAUCGAGUUCAAAGGUGAUGGAUGAAAAUGAAGGUGUGCUCUUUACAGAGAAACUCAAAGCCAUGGAUUAUGAAUAUCGUGAAGACAUUCACUGGACCAAAUGUCAAGGCUUGCUUGGCACAGGAUCAUUUGGUGAAGUGUACAAAAUGGAGGACAAGCAGACGGGCUUUCAGUGUGCAGCCAAAAAGGUGCAAGUUGAACACUUCCGUGCAGAGGAGUUGACGACAUGCACUGAAGUGACACAUGCCAAAGUCCUCGCCUUAUAUGGAGCAGUGAAGGAAGGCCUGUGGGUUACUAUUUUCAUGAAGCUAAUGGAAGGUGGGUCACUUGGCCAGCUGCUUAAGCAACGUGGUUACUUGCCAGAAGACCGAGCUCUUGACUAUCUGGGCCAAGCACUGGAGGGCCUGGAGUACCUUCAUGCUCACAACAUUCUCCACGGAGAUGUAAAAGCUGACAACAUCCUCUUGUCUGGUGACAGAAGCCAUGCUGUCCUCUGUGACUUUGGUCAUGCAGCUCACCUUCACCCAGACGGCAUGGGAAACUAUUUGAUGACAGGGGAUUAUGUUCCUGGUACAGAGACCCACCUGGCUCCUGAAGUGGUGAUGGGAAAGCGCUGUGACUCCAAGGCAGACGUCUGGAGCAGCUGCUGUAUGAUGCUGCAUCUGUUGAAUGGAUGUCACCCUUGGACCCAGUACUACAAUCACCCUCUGUGCCUCAAGAUAGCCAAAGAGCCACCUCCACUGAGAGAAAUCCCACCCUCCUGUCACCCAUUCACUGCCAAUCUCAUUAAGGCAGGCCUUGAGAAGGAGCCGGCAAAGCGGGCCUCUGCAGCAGAACUGAGGAUGAAAGCCUGCACAGCACUUGAAAAGGUGGGAGGCCUGAAGAGUCCCUGGAGAGGAGAAUACAGAGAACCCCGAAGCCUCCAGUUGGCACAAGAAACUAGUCUCCCAGAACCACCAUUGUCAAUAUUUGAGCCUCCUGGUAGCUUGUCGCUGUUGACCAGAAGCCGCACCCCACCCCUUCCCUGCCAGGGUCCGACGGAGAGGGUCCAGUUCAUCCAUCCAAGCACAUGCAAGGAAUUAAUGCGGCUGUGUGACGCUCUGCAGCCAUCCUCCUUGGCUCCCCUCAGCACCAAGAGGGGCAGCUUGACAGACUGGGGAACCACCUCCUUUGAACAUGAGCUUCAGCAACUGGAGUUUGAGCUGAUUCUGAACAGCCUCUCUCAGCCCUUCUCUCUGGAGCAGCAGGAGCAAAUGCUCUCAUGUCUCAGCCUGGACAGUGCCCUCCCCUCAGACACCAGUGAGAAGGGCUCACUGAAAAUGUCUCACAGCCUAAAGGACACUAUGAGUUCUGGAGUGCAUUCAUGGAACAGCCAAACAGAUGGGCAGAGCAACAGCUGGAACAGCUGGCUACAUCGCAGUAGACAUACAGCUAUGCCUACCUACUUUGAUGGAGUGAAAAUUGAGAUCCGCUUGCUUAGCGGGGAGAGUCUCCACAUCCGAGAAUUCCACGGGGCCAAGGUGGGAGAUGUUGCAAUUGGAAUCAGUGGCCAGAUACCAGCCUCUGCUUUCAGUUUUUUCACCAAGGAAGGCCAACCUGUUCGCUGUGACAUGGAGGUCCCUGAUUCGGGCAUUGAGCUUCAAUGCACUCUUGCCCCUGACUGCAGCUGUAGCUGGAGCUGGAGAGUCAAACACGGUCAGCUAGAGAAGAGGCCAUAAGGGAUGCUGUCUCUCCCUGCCUGUGCUGCUGUGAUAUUUCCCUUUAGAGUCACUUCUGAACUAGGGUUAUAGGUUCAGUUUCUCUCUGCUUUGUCACUCCAUCCAGUCCUCGUCCAUAUAAUCCAGCCAGGUUUGUGGUUAGGCGUCUGUACUCCAGAGAGCAGAAAUGAAAUGAUUGUGUCUGCACUUAGGAAACUGACCCAGAAAACUAGGGAGAACAUGAGUUGCUGUGUUCCAUGCAGAUGGCCAGUUUCUUAACUCCACCAACUUUUUUUUACUAUUCCCAAGGAAACUUGGAAGAUUGGAUUUGUGGAUAUACAGUGGGGCUACAUAAGCUGGAAACCUGCCAAAAACCAGCGGUGGUGUAGUGCAGUGACCAGAGUGUUGGGCUUAGAUAUGGGAAACCUCUUCAGCCAAGUCACUCUUUCUUGGCUUAAUCUGCUCCCACAGGCUUGUUGUGAGGCUAAAACGUUGCCUUGAUCAACUUGCAGGAAUGAGCAGCAUCCACGUGUAAUAUAUGCAAUACGUAUCUGACUUGCCCGGGGACUUCCUCAGCAAAACCGGUAGCAUUUUGCACUGGGGAACCUCAAAAUCUGUGCUAGAAGCUGUGUCCAAAUGAGUUGCAUCAUACAUAUUAAAAUUUCAGUUGUAUAGCAUUCUUCUAGGUAUGCAACUGACAGCCAGAUUUUUUUAAAAAAAUAGCAGGCCUAUAGAACUUUUGCAAGCCAGUGUGGUGUAGUGGGUAGAGUGUUUGACUAUGACAUGGGAGACCAGGGUUCAAAUCCCCACACAGCCAUGAAUCUCACUGGGUGACCUUGGGCUAGUCACUGCCUCUUAGCCUCAGAGGAAGGCAAUGGUCAACCCCCUCUGAAUACCGCUUACCAUGAAAACCCUAUUCACAGGGUUGCCAUAAGUCAGGAUCGACUUGAAGGCAGUCCAUAGAACUUUCAUCCCACCAUCCUGAAAUGCAUACCACCCAGUGCCUAUGGCAGCCCAGUAGGGCUUUGAUAUGGCAUUACUUCUUGCUGUCUGCCUUGGAUAGCAAAAAAAGGGUUGUCUAAGAACCUUGCAGGCCACAAUAUGCCUGAGCUCUGUUACAGUAGGCCUGGUCUAGUGGGCCAAAUUUUGGUGAGCUUUAAAUUACAGUAUAAAAAGAUUUCCUUUGGAAGUCCAGAGAUGAAAUUUCUCUUAAAUACCCAAUUCCCCUUGAAACAAACCCGUUUUUUUUGGGGGGGGGGUUUCCACACUUGAUGAGAGAAGUGUCAAAACCUAACCAGUCUUGCAUUCCAGCUCAUGAUGCAAUACAUGAUGAGAUGGGAAAUCAGGCCAGAGUCUCCCAUUUGCUUAUAUAAUCCAGGCCUGUACUGUUUGCAACCCACCAAACCCAACACAACAUGGCAGGCAUACAUUGUGGCCUUAUAGUUGCUUUAUAGGCUUUUGAAGUCUCAGACAGGCAACACAAAAAUAGGAAGCUUGUUCAGCUUGGGGAUCAAGUGGAGCUUAUUAGGUUUUUGAGUUUGGUUCCAUGUAGUCGUUUCUUUUUGCCCCAAGUAGAGACAACUGCCGGUAUCAACACCAACAGUGCUAUGCAUGUUUACUCAGAAAUAGCCUCGCUGCAAUCAGUAGGACUUUACCCCAAAAUAAAUAUGCAUAGGAUUGCAGCCUUAGGAACUCAACUUUUAUACCUGGAGAGUGUUAAGUAAAAUCUCAACUUGGAAUAAAUUAGUAAAAUCAAUACAGUAUGUAUGUUUUCUAAAAAUAUUAUGCAUGUACUUAAUUGGCAUGAUUGAUUUUGUAGAAUUUGAAAUAGCUUUAUUUUGUGCAAAUUGGGGUAAGUGAAUGAAAGUGACUAGAUGAGGCUCUGUAGUAGAAGUCAUCGUAAUCUUUCAUGGUUGGCUACAAGGAUGUCCUACUGACAAAGCCUCACCUGCAGUAUACUAAGCUAAGAAUCUGAAUCAAUUUCUUGCUGAGCUCACUGGCUUGAAAUAAUUGAUUUAGCGUACAAAAUCAAGGCUGGAUAAUCUUAACCCCAGCCGUGACUAUGCAACAAUUGGGAGCCAUCACAGAAUUGAUGUGACCAUGUUCAGAUGCUAGAAAAAUGUCCUUUCAUCCAGAAUUAGGGUAUUCCAUCCCAUUACAGUUUCUCAAAGAACCUGCACCUCUUGAAGGUCAUCUUUCUUCCAAACACCCCCAGUAUACUUUUGCCAAGGAGAAUAGAACAUAUUUUACAGUGAGCCACUCUGGAGGCGAACAUCUUCUCAAUUCAGCUUUUGCCAUAGUGUGACUGACAGCUGGCACAAAGGCACAAAUUAUUGGUCAAAACCAUGGUAGAAUUGGCCAAAUGCCAAACCUAAUUUUACCUUAAAUCUUUACAGGGAAACAAACUACUGGUACCAGAAUUGUCUGGAGUGCAUUUCCUUAGGAGGGAAGAGGCUUUCAAAGGAGAGGGAAUUUCCCAUAUAGAAAAGAAAACGGGAAAGGGAGGCCUACAUUCCUAGUUAUUUUAGUAAUGUGUUUGUGCCAGUGUCCUCCUCUGCAGCAUUUGCCCCUUGAACUCCAAGUCUUGUUUAGUUCUUGCACACAUCAGCUGGAAGAGAGGAACGGUGGAAAAAACACAAGCCAGUGUUGGACUGGGCAUCUUCAUUGGUCCAUUGGAAAGCUGGGGUUUUCAAAAGCAUAUGAUCUUGUUACCAUUUUAGAUGGGAAUUCAUGUGCAUCCAUUGGUCUCCACAAACCUUGUGCCUUUACACACACUGAUCCUCCAGCUGCUGCAGAAUAUCCUAGUAAGGUGUUCUAGAGCAGGGAUGGGGAAACCUAUGGCCCUCCAGAUGUUUUGGAGUCCAUCAUCCCUCACAUUGGCUGUGCUCCCUGUGGCUGAUGGAAGCUGGAGUCUAGCAACAUGCGGACGCUUAUAGGAGACCAUAGAGUACUAUGGAAACACCAAUUCUUUGGCUUGCUUUCAUUCAUUGACUUCAUAUGCACUCUUUCUACUACUCUGCAUUUUUGUUUUAAGGAUAAUUUUUGAGUAUGUGUGUGUGAGAGAGUGCAGUGUAGUUGGCCAGAUCUGCUAUUGUGUGGCAUGGGGAGAGCUGAGGUGUGGGGCUAAAAGUUACAUAGCAGGAACAUUCUGUACUUUGCUUUCAAAAGUUUUAACUGCUAUCCCAGGUUAUGGUCUGAAGGCACAUGAGGCCAGCUCCCUGCUGAAGUUAAGCAGGGUCAGGUCUGGUCAGUGCCUGGUUGGGAGACCGCCUGAGAACCACAUGUAAGCCACCUUGGGUUUCUAUCAUGAAAAGGCAGGGUAUAAAUGUAAUAAUAAUAUCUGAACAACUGGCUUUUGCUCUGUAACUAUGAGAACAAGAUUGCAUUCUUCAUCUGCCAUUGGUUUUGAAAAGACUGGUUGGAGGGGGGGUCAGUUUGAGGAAAAAAGCCAACAGGUUGUGCGCUAGCAAGCCAUAUUCCAUGUACUAGGAUAUGGUUGGAGCCAGGCUCUUCUAGACUUUCUGGUACUUAAAGGGCUCUGUUCCAGGGAAUAUUAGUCCCACUUGCAGAUUAUUGAAAUCAAUGGGAUAAAAUAGUUACUGGGAUGUACACAUGGCCACCUGCCUUUGGAUUAGAGUUGCUAUUGCCAAUUACCAAAUUGAUGCAAUAAUCACAGCUGCCUAAAUCUGUUACCGUUUGCCUUUAAGUGAUGUUCCAGAACAUCUUGAUGUUUAAUAUAUGCAUUGCUAUCAAGAAAAUGAAGCAAAAUUACAAUGCUUUUUUGAUUCUU